UGAAUUCUAAAUAUGUUCGGAUGCGUUUUCUUCCACGAGGAUACGAGUUUAAGUGUUGUUGGGGAGAAGUCUAAACGACUGGAGCUUUUGGGAUCUUUUCAAGAGGGAGAAAAAGUUAACAUGAAGUGGGGAAAAGACAUUUUCUCGGGAGUUAUUGUCUAUGUGCAUGGAAACCAAGAUCUUCUUGAAGCAGAAGCUGUAAAGGCAGAGAAGAAGGUUUUGAGAGGCAAGAACCUGAGUGCAGAAGAAAGUGUAGAGCAAUUAAUCACAUUUUUCAAAAAGGCAGAAAAUGAAAAUCAGAAAAAAGAUGGAAAAAGGGAAAGGAUUCCGACAGAAAGAGCUAAAGAAAGUCAUGAACAAGACAAUGAAAUGAGCCCCAAAAAGAAAAAGAAAAAUACAGCAAAUGAAAAGAAAGAUGACAAAACUGAAAAGAAGGAUGAUGGCGAAAAGAACAAUGAUGAAGGAAAGAAAAAGAAUGACGGAAAGAAAAACAAAGCAGAGAGAAAGAAAAAGACAGAAGAAAAGAGCAAAGAGAAAACAGAAUUAGAAACACCCAAAGAAAAAGAGAGACAGGAAAAGAAGGCAGAGAGUAGUGUGCAGCUGGCAACAGCAAAGGAAAUGCUGUCAUCCUUAAGUGACCAGUUUGGGUCUCCAACAGCAUCUGAAGAUAGGUGUGUUGACAACACAACUCUGACGUCAACUUGGGCCCUCUGUAAUCCUGAGCUGGAAAGGCCAUCUGUGACAAUGUCAACAACAGUUCCAUCUUCUGAAGCCAUUCGACCACCUGCUGAUGUCCUUGAGUUAUUUAAAUUGCUGUUAAGACCACAAGUUCAAAGCUACAUGAGAAGUAUGAUCUCCCAGUUCCAAGAGACAGAGUCUCAGGUUGAUGAAACUUACUCAUGCUUACCAUUACCAACAUACACACCAAUGACACCUGCAACAUGGACACAAGACUGUAACUACACACAGCCAUCUCCUUGGACCCAACAGCUACCGGUGCCAGCAUUUGAACAGCAGCUUCAAACUCAACCAACUUCCAACAUUCACACUCAACAGAUGCCAACACAACAAAUUUCCCUAAAUUCACAACCUCAAGACAUUGAAACUCAACAAAUGUCAACACACCUUUCAAUGCCACCUCAAAUAUCUCUACAACAAAUUCCAAUGCAACAAAUGAUGCCCCAACAAAUGCCACUACAGAACCCUGCAACUCCUUCCCAGCACACCACACCACAAAAGAUGCCAUCAACACAUUUACAUGGAGUAAGCCCACCGAGGACACCAAGGAGGUCACCCAGGAAGCAUUUCUCCUCUACACCCGAGGAUUCUGAUGGACUUAUGACAAGGCUUCUUUCGAACCAUCCUUUGACAGUGAAGAGGGAGGCACUGAGGAAAGCAAAGACUGCAGCAAAGAAGGCUCACCCAUCAAAAAUGGCCUUCACCUUGACAGCAAAACUCCUUCCUUCAAUUUUUUCUUGUGAGGAGUUGGCCCUCAGUAGAGGACAAGGUUUAAAAUCAAAAGAAGGAGACAUCAGACCUACUCUUGAUUCCACAAAGAUGACUGUGUUAAAAGGUAUUUAUUUAAAUAAAUUCUCAUGCAACUGGAUUAUGGUAACAGCAAUUCCAUCAAAGAUUUUGACACCUAAUGAAUAUGAACAGUUGACUGAGUUACACAAACAUUUAAUUGGCAAAUUAAUGUAUAUUUAUAUACCUUCUACUUUAGAAUAUGUAGCAGUCUGGUGUGAGAAGAAUGGUGGGAAAUAUGGAGAAAAGGAGAUUAAUGAUGCUGUGACUGAGCAGGUUUCGUAUGCCAGGAAGAAAAGGAAAGGAAACAAAAAGCCAGUAACAUCGGACAAGUCAACAGCUGAGUGAAAGAGAAUUUAUGCUUAAUAUAAUAACUUUGUAAAUAUGAUGAUCAUGAAUUGAUAAUAUUUGAUUGUUGGAUAUGCACAAAAUUUUUUGCUAGGGUUUGAUGAAAACCAAGACUAAUGUACAAUAUAGUAAUUACAGAACUUGUAAAUUUUACUUGUAUUCAUUUAUUACUGAUUUAAUUUUUAAAAAUUUAAUAUUUUUAAUAAAAUGUAAUAGUUUAAUUGCUACAAUGAGUUUGUCCAUGUCUUUAUUUUGGGAAAAUGUCCAUCAAAAUUGAAAGACAGAAUUAAUUUGCAUAAUCCGCUUAAUGUACGCCUAAGCAUUCCGCUUAAUGUACGCCUAAGCAGUAUGCUGUUUUCUGUCUAAAAUUUAGCAGGAUUUUUAGGCGGAAUCUUUAAGCGGAAUCUUUAGACGGACUAAUUUGCAUAUUUCGCCUAAGUUUCCGCUUGAAUUCCGGCUGAACUCCAUCUAAAGUCCGCUUGUAUUUCGCCUAAGUUUACUCUUUAUGAGUAUUGCAGACUUCAGGCGGAAUACGCCUUAGUUGUCCGCCUGAAAUCCACCUUUUCUCCGCCUGGAAUAUUUCGUACGG